CGACGUCGGAAGUUUCCUUCGACCCUUGUGCAUAUGAUUAUGAUAUGAGAUGUAAAAUGUGUAUCCGAAAUGAUUAAUUCUCUGAACUUCACUUUUCCUAGUCAUCAACUCCUUUGUCCCUUCCUCCUUAAGCGAAACCUCACCUUUAUAAUCAUCCUUUCCUUUUCAAUUCCAUUGCCACAAGUAGUGGACUUUGAUAGAGAUAAGGUAAAGAGUGUAGAGGGACUGUGUAGAAAAAGAGCAAUAACGGCAAAGAUGUCAGAUUGGGGGCCAGUGUGUGUGGCCGUGGUGCUCUUCAUACUGCUCACGCCGGGGUUGCUGAUUCAGAUACCGGGAAACCACCAGCUCGUGGAAUUCGGCAACUUCCAGACGAGCGGAGUUUCCAUUCUGGUUCAUUCCAUCCUCUAUUUUGCUCUAAUAUGCAUCUUCUUGUUAGCCGUUGGUGUCCAUGUGUUCAUGGGCCAAGAGUCAUAUUGGGGCAGUCAGGAUGGAUCUGCACGACAAGUUCUGACGGAAAACUCCGAUGAUCAUAGGGUACACUUGAAUCUCUUUGCUUCACGGGCCAAUUUGAAAUCUAUACGUUACUAUAAUUCGCGCCUGUUUCUUUUGGUUUUUUCUGAGAAAGAAAUGGCGGACUGGGCUCCCGUAUUGAUCGGCGUCGUACUGUUCGUGCUGCUAACGCCGGGGCUUCUCUUUCAGCUACCGGGACACAACCGACAGCUGGAGUUCGGCAGCUUGAAGACCAACGGCAAGGCCGUAGCUAUCCAUACUCUUAUCUUCUUUACCAUCUACGCUGUCCUCAUCUUGGCCGUCCGCGUCCACAUUUACACUGGCUAAUCCCGGUUUUUGUCUCUGCCUCUCUAGGGUUUCGGUUUCUGUUCUAGAUCUGUGUAUGCGUUUUUUUUUUUUAUUUCUAUGAUUCAUGUGAUACUUCGGCAGUAGGAUAUACAAAAAACACAGAUCUGUCUGUCAUGAUUCGGUAAUUAGAUUUCUGCUGUUUAUUAUGCA